GACUUCAGUCAUAUAUUAUGUUAGUAUCCGCUCAAAGCUAACCUGAUUGUGAAGAACACAAACUCAUACACAGUCUGAAAGGUUUGCGGUGGAGUUUUAAAACCGCAGGACACAGACUGCACUGUCAGUAGACUCAGAAAUACUGCUCUCUCCCUUCCUGUCCAGAUGAUGGAGGAUUUCUCUGGUUUGGCUUUGCCUCCUCUGUUUGGAGGACACAUCCUGGAGGCAGAGCUAGAGCCAGGUGGUGUGGAGCUGGGACCUGGAGAGGUGGAACUGGGCCCAGGAGGAAAUGAGCUGCUUGAGAGCACAGUGCAAGAGGAUGAAGAGAGAAGAGCUCUUGAUAAGAGGAAAUAUCUAGCUCUGAGCAGGAGAUGUAAAGAAAUUGAACAGGUUAAUCAGAAGAUGCUCGGCCGCCUUCAUCAAGUACAAAGAAUUACACGACGCUUGAAAAAAGAACGAAGGUUUCUCAUGAAGACUUUAGAUGCUCAUGGGGAUGAUUACAGAAAUGCACAGCUCACUAUACUGCUUGAGGAUGAGCCUGGAGCCCAUUUAGAUCCUGCUGCUGGAGCGGAGGAUGACCGUCUCAACGGUCUGUCUGGUUCCACGUCAUCUGCAGCAUUGCAUCAUGCCGCUGGACCUAAGAAGAGGAGACAUCGAAUUCCAAGGCAAGAGAAGGACAAAGACCCACAGACUGAGCCAGACAUGUCAGUGUUGGCAGACACACAGUUUGGAGAAAUGCCCAGCCCGACCUCUCUGUCUCACUGAUCACUGCACUGCCCUGGAUGUGAUGAUGACAAAGGAGCGCCCAGUUUCUUUAACUGUUCAGUAGAUACUGUAGGCUGCCUCUCUUCAGCCAGGUUUUGCACUGUUUCUAGUUUGACUUGAAUAUUGUGAACAGACUUGAGUUCAUGUAAGGUAAAAUGAAAUGUUAUUUACCUGGUACAUACAUACAUAUAUUUUGUACAUAUUAUUUUCUGUUUUCAUGUUUUGUACUGAGAUUUGAUGGCAUCACAUAAUUAUGACCAGUGGCAAGCUGUGCAUGCUGUUAUGCGCAGCCUUGUUUGGUAAAGAUCUGGCAACCCAGAUGCAAUUAAAGUAGGGCAGAAACUUAAUGGCUUUCAUAAUACAUUCCUGGAUAUUAUCAGUGAUUUCAUGGUUCAUGAUUUUAUCUCAGUAAGCAGAGAGAGUCUAUCAGUGUUAAAGUAUUACAAACCACCAUUUGUUUCUUAGGCUGUACUAUGAAAUGUUUGUUUUUAUUCUUAAAGUUUAAAGAUAGUAUUUUUCUGUUUUUUGCUUUACUUUUAAAGGUUUUAGACAUGUGUAGGAAGGGUUGUUGAGUGUAUUUUAUUAUGUUUGCUGAUAUAGACCAGAACCAGACAAAUAUUUCACUAUCACUAAUAUUUCAUAUCAGCAUCAACAGUUUAAACUUCAUCAGCAACUGAUGGCAAAACUCAGCUGGCCAUGUGUGUUUUUAUCAUGUUUCUAUAUAAUAGUUCAGCUACACAUCAAAAAUGUUUCAGUUUCAGGCAGAAAUAAAAUCUAGUGUCUGUAAAUACAGUUUCUUAAAUUUGACCCAAAAAAAGAAAAAAGUUUUAAAGUUCUCUUUUUCCAUUUUCUCUUCUCUCACAGUCCUUCUCAGAGUGAGGCUGGCUCAGUUGUCAUGGAGAUCAGUGUCCCACUGUUAUUAAUGAAUCAAUAUCUAGCUAAUGGUCAAAUUUUAUGGCACCCAGUGAGGUUAGGAGUUAAUAAAAAUGGACUAAAUAAAAAUG